UGCAGAAUUGGGUUUGAUGAUCCAUUUAUGCUUGGGUUGGAGAGGAGUGGUGACUUUUCUAAUUUUAUUUUUUUGAAAUAUAAUAACCACUAGCAUGUUCUAUGUCUGUGGUUUAUUCAUGGUUGCAUCAAAUUAAAUCAAUCACCUUUGUCUAAUCUUGUGACUGUGAAUGGUAGCUCCCAUGGCUGCAACCGAUGUGGCAGUGCAUUUAUAUUGGAAUGGAACAGCGAAGACCGAGAAAUACGAUGUUGUUUACGAAAGUGAUGCCAUGAAAGUGAUGCCUAUUAAGCUCAACUAUGGAACUACGUAUGCUGGAUUGUUGGAUAAAAUCUACGCAACUACGGGCAUUAAGAGGAAGGAUUUUGAGUUGAACAUCAUAUGCAGAUAUCCUAUAUCUUCAAGGGAAUAUAAGCCCAUCCCAAUAAAGAAUGACGAGGCCGUAGAACUUAUGUUGGAAGUUCCAUGCAGAUCAUCUAGAGUCUACUGUGUAGAGAUAUAUUUGGAGAAAGAAGCAAGGCAAUGUGUGAAAAUCACGUUUCCGUGUUGAUCUCUGGACUGAUCUGCUCUCGACAUUGUAAUUUUAUUGUGUUGAAUUGGCUUCUAUAUCAAAUCAGUGAGUGUUAAGGGCUUGAAUUAAGUUUGGUAUGGCAUGAUAAUAUGUGAUCUAGUUUGCAUAAUUCUAAGGAAAAUGCAUAAUUCUAAAAUUUAUUUUUAUUUUUUUCUCUAUCUUGUAUAUGAAUAACCAAAUUCUAGAAAAAUUUUAUGAUUUUUGUUUA